GCAAAACAUUAAGAUGGGAGUUAUUUCCAAUAAGAUCGAUAGGAAACAAUUGAAACCAGGCGAUCACAUUUACUCUUGGAGGCAGGCUUACCUCUAUGCGCAUCAUGGAAUAUAUGUUGGUGAGGGAACGGUAAUCCACUUCACAGCUGGAAGAGGAACACAAACAGGAACAGGAACAGGAACACCAACUAUUGUUGACAAGCUCUUUACAAGUUCAGCUCCUUCUUUUGAUACCGACAUCCCAUGCCCAGGAUGCGGUGCUUGCAAUCAAACAAUGACUGACGGUGUCAUCUCAUCUUGCUUAGACUGUUUUCUUUCUGGAGGUGAACUCCAUCUCUUUGAGUAUGGUGUCUCCAAAGUUCAUUUUCUAGCACAAGCUAGAGGAGGCACCUGCACUCUUGCUUCUUCGGAUCCAACUGAAGAAGUCCUUUACCGUGCUUUUUAUCUUCGUAAAAAAGGAUUUGGUGCCUACCAUUACUUCAAGAAUAACUGUGAGGAUUUCGCCGUUUAUUGCAAAACAGGCCUGCUUGUAACGAGCAGUGUAGGUGGUGGCGGAAGUGGACAGGUUGCAUCUUACGCGGCUGCUGUCAAUUCUAUAGCUUCUAUAUCGCUUCGAGUUGUGAACAAAAGUUUUUACGGUAUGGUAUUAGUUAGUUGUGGAAUGUACUGCUAUAGAAGAGUGGUUUCUGAUAUUGGAUUUCGCAGUGGGGUAACUAAAGUUCCUGUUGAAAAAAUUGCUGAGAUGGCUAGGUGGGAAUACUAGUGUGGUUUCAAAAAAAAAAAAACUCUCUUGUAGAAGGUCUUUGUUAAGUUUCAAUUAUGUUCUUCAUAGUUAUAUGCUUUUAAUGUUGUCUUUGUUCAAUAUUAAAUUUGAGUUGUAAUAAAUAUGGACUUGUGUUGUAUUUUCUGAUAUUGUAUGUCACUAAGAAUAGUUGUAAUCCUCGAUAGGGUUAAACCCUAUUUUGCCCCCUGCCAUUUGGGGCGAAUCCGACAAACAACUCUGUAAAAAAAAAAUACAGAUUCCGUCUCUGCCAUUUGUAGAUUUUUAUAUUUUACUCCCUCAUUGAAUUUG